UCGUUUCUUAAGAACGAACUCCAUUAAUACCUUAAUUUUAAGGUAAUUUGUGAAAUGUUGGAAGCAAUGGAAACAUGUAUAAUGUCUGAUUUCGAAAAUGUUUGCCGUAUUUGUAUGAAAUUCGACGAAACAUUUCUAUCUAUCACUACAUUUAAAAUAAUUGAUAUGAUAAUAGCAUGUGCUUCUGUACAGAUCUGGGAAAAUGAUGAUUUACCAAAUCAAAUAUGCCACGCUUGUUUUCUACAAUUACAAAAUACCAUUAAUUUCAAACAAUUAUGUGAAAACUCAGACCAUGCAUUUCGACAAAUUAUUGAGCAGAAUAAAAUUAAUAACGAAAAUGAUUUUGCCAACGUAAAAGAUGAAGAAUUUGAAGAUUAUGCUCAUGAUUAUUCUCUAAUAGAUAUUAAAGAAGAAGAAAUCGACCGCAUUGGAGAGGAGUCCAAAAAAUCAGAACAAGACAAUGUGUUAGAAAUUAAAAAUAUAGAAAAACCGCAAUCGAAUAAAAUGCAAAUAGGAACUAAAUCCGAAGAGGAAAGUGAUACAUGCGAAGAUAUCAAAGGCGAUGACAAUGUCACAAAAACGUUUAUUUGUGAGAAGUGUAAUAAAGAAUUUAAAAGAUUAUGGGUAUUGGGCCAACAUAUGCAACGUAAACACAGAGCGAAACCCUUAAAAUGUAGCGAAUGUAAAUUAAAAUGUUAUCAUCCAUUACAUUUAAAGCAGCACCAGGAAGUAGCCCACAAUCCAUUGAAUCACACUUGUAGUACAUGUAAUAAAGUAUUCACAAAUAUUUAUAACUUAAAAUACCAUAAAUGUAAACAUUUAUCACCGAAACUUCAUUGUCGAAGAUGUGACAAAUCAUUCCAAGAUAAACGAGAAUUAAAAUGUCAUAAUAAGGAAAAACAUGCCAUGGAAAUGUAUGUAGCAUGUCAUAUUUGUGGUAAAUCAAUAACGAAAAAGAGUCUUAACAAUCAUUUGGCAACUCAUGAAGAACGUGAUAAACGGACAUGCAUCGUAUGUUCAAAAACAUUUAUACGUGAGGACACGUUAGCAAGACACAUUAAACUAAUACACGAGGAUAAAAUACGUGAACGAAAUUUUUUAUGCAACAUUUGUGGGCAUGCGUCACGUUUUGCGGCUGAUUUACGUAAACAUUUAAGAACUCAUUCAACCGAACGACCGUUUGCCUGUAAACAUUGUGAUAAAACGUAUCGGUCUGAAGAUAAUUUAAAAGAACAUAUCUCAUGCGCCCAUUUAGAUGAACGAAAGUUUCAGUGUAGGUUUUGUCCACAAGCGUUUAAUCAUAAGAAAACUUUAGUGCAUCAUGAACGACGUCAUACCGGUGAAAAACCACAUAAAUGUGAAGUGUGUGGUAAAAGAUUUAUACAAAAAAUAGCAUUACAAAUUCAUUCAAAAACACACAUAAACUCAAGCGAGAAUUUUAUGCGAAACUCAAUUUAAAUUGAGGAAAAUUGUAUAUAUUUAAACUAAACGUGUAAAUCACAGACUUACUUAUAUUAAAUAUAGACUCUCUAAUACAGCCCUUCUAUUGAAUAUUUAAAUGUCUGUGUUCAGCAGAAAAAAGGACGAUCGAUCUCUCAGCAAAUUUAGCACUCGUUAUUGAUAAAUGGUAGAUAAUCAGAUGGUCUAAAUUGGAACUACUAAA